AGGUUAGAGAUGGUGCUGAUAUCUACAUUUUGGAAGACAACUGGACUGAUAAUCCAAGAAUACAACUUACCAAACCAGAUAAUCGCCCUGAAGACUGCAUUCUGACGGAAACAUGUCAUCUCUGAUGAAGGAAACUAGGAGGAUAGUAAAUUGCAGGAAUGGUUCAUUCAUUGGGAAAUUCAGGAAAUUAAGGAUUCUAAGAUACACACGAUAGAAGAUGGAAAUUUUUCUGUAAAAUAUCUCUAUAAAGCUAAAUGGAGGGAAGAUAUAAUCAUGAUACUAGACUUGCGGAUUAGAAUAUGAUCUAUAAAGCUCUUUAUAUGGACGUGUGCUUAUCAUAGAAUACUACAAAAAAAUUCAAAGACAUCAAGGAUCUUAUAUUAUUUUGAUCUCAUAUGCAAAUCUUGCAACAAUGGGGAGGAAACUAUGAGGUAUCUUUUCAUUGAGUGCCUUUUUGCUGUCCAGGUGUGGCUUGGCCUAUUAGGAUGCAGUCAUAUUAGUGGAGCUCCACUACUUUUAUUGAUUUGCUAAAUUCUUUGAUAUGGAAAACUAAACAACAAACUUCUACCUAUGCUACUACUUGGUGGUAUUCAUUAGAAGGCCAGAUUUAACCUGAUUUUUGACUCUACUACUCUUAAUUUGAAGCGAACAACCAAAGAACACCUCAGGGGGUCUAAAGGACAUUCAAGAUACCAUGGAAUGGAUGUAACAAGCAUAGGAUCUCAAUUAGUUUUUGAUUGGACAAAGAAACUGCAAAAAAUAAAUGUGUCGGUGGAAGCUGAAGAAAUCUACGCAUUAUACAUUUUCAGACAUCUCUACCAGGAGGCGGUGCAAGUGCAUUUCCCAGUAUGUUGCAUUCUACCUAUCAAGGGACAUAGAAGAAAGACUGCAUUUGGAAAGAUGCUGCGCGUGGCUUCGAAUUCACUUCUGCGAAGGGGAAGAGGAUCAAAAAAUGCUAUUCCUCUGAAAACCAUAGAUGAUUUAGCCAAUGAUUACCAUGGAGCAAAGGAGGAAAUUGGUGAUUGUGUGCGUAAAUUCUCUGCGUCAGGAGCUGCCCCCAGUUUAUCAAUAUGGAGAGGAAGGAAAAAAGAGAUGGGCAAAGAAGGUUUAAUCAUUGUAAAAGAACUUAAACGAUUAAAAUCAAACCGGGUUCGCCUUGACAGAUUUAUGGAAACUCAAGUAUCUCGUCUGCUCAAAUUAGAUCUUUUUGCUGUUCUUGCUGAAUUUCAACGUCAAGAUCAAGUCUUCCUAUCUAUCAAGAUAUACGAAAAGGUGAGGAAAGAAAUAUGGUACCGGCCAGAUAUGUUCCUUUACAGGGACAUGCUUAUGAUGCUUGCAAGGAAUAAAGAGGUUGUGGAGACAAAGCGGGUCUGGAAAGAUCUAAAGAGGGAACAACUACUGUUUGAUCAGCAUACAUAUGGCGACAUUGUCAGAUGUUUCUUGGAUAACGGAUUAGAAACCGAGGCAAUGGAGAUUUACGAAGACAUGAGGCAAUCACGUGAUCCUCCUCUCCCAUUGCCUUACCGAGUUAUCUUGAAAGGACUUCUUCCGUACCCUGAACUGAGGGAAAGAGUAAGAGAUGACUUUCUAGAGCUUUUCCCGAAUAUGGUUAUGCGUGACUCCUCUGAAGACCUAUGUGAUGAUCAUGAACUGAGCACAAAAAACGAAGAUGAUUAAGAUGUUGCUUCUGUACUCUUUCAACUUCAUACCAAAUUGGUAACAAUCUUCAUACCCCAUCUUGCUUAUAGGAAGGCAUAUCUCGGAGAUCUUUGAUUGGUCUUCUAUGUACACACACCUUUUAAUGAUGUAACGUACUUGGUUGUUAAGCUCAUUGGCCAGGUAGACUGUAAUCUAGAUUCUCAUUCCAGUAAGAACAUGAACCAGACGCACUAUGUUGUGUAUUGAUAUAAUGAAUGCU